GUCUUCUACUCAUCACUUGCACUGAUAGCACGUCUUAUCAAUUGCUGAUAAGAGUAUCACUUAUCAGUAAAGUCAAUAAAGUUAUCGAAACUUAAUUUGUAAAAAGUAAAAAAUAAAGCUAUUCUAACAGUGGCUUUGAAUAAAUGUAUACACAUAGUGUUAGUUUUAUGUAACUUUUUUAUUAGAUUGAGUUUCAAAAAUUUUUACUUCAAAAUGAACCGCAACAUUAUAGCAGAUUUAAAUCACAUAUUCAGAAGUUGCGUGUCUGCCGUUCUACCGGAAAACUUCAUGCGAAAGUCGCUGAAUUUCAAUUCAUCUACAAGGCAACUCAAGAUUUUUGAUAAAGUUUAUGAAUUAAGAAACAAAAAUGUGUAUAUCGUUGGCACCGGUAAAGCAGUGCAGAAAAUGGCAAACGAACUAGAACACAUCCUAUCUCCCCACAUCAAGAAGGGAAUCAUAAGCAUCCCAAAAGGUAGCUCCCAUAAUGUGCACUAUUCUAAUCUGGAAUAUUAUGAAGGUGCCGAAAAUAACCUGCCAGAUUCUGAUGCUCUGAACACAGCGACCAAAGUAAAACAAUUUGUAAGUCAACUUUCGGAAACUGAUAUUUUAUUUGUUUUAAUCUCUGGUGGUGGAUCAGCACUGCUGCCUCUGCCAAAAAGUCCAAUAACUCUUGAGGAAAAGUGUACUUUGAUUAAGAAAUUGGCCAACAGUGGUGCAGAUAUUAUAGAAAUAAACACUGUCCGCAAAAGAAUAUCAGAUAUAAAAGGUGGCAAUCUAGCCAUCCAUGCCUACCCUACAAAAGUCGUAAGCUUAAUACUAUCUGAUAUUGUCGGUGACCCUAUAGAUUUGAUAGCUAGCGGACCAACUUGUCAAAAUGCAGAUGAUGAUACUGAUGCCAUAGAGGUAAUUAAAAAAUAUAAUUUAUAUAAUGACCUACCUGAAUCAAUAAAACAUGAAUUAGAGAGUCCGAGCAAUAGUAAGAAAUUUAUGAACAAUUCUGACAAUAUAAUAGUUGGAUCAAAUAAACAAAGCAUUGCAGCUGGAAUGGUUGAAGCUAAGAAUCUAAAUUACAUGCCAAUCAAUUUAUCAAACUCCAUUGUUGGAAAUAUAAGAGAUAUUGCAAAUGAAUAUUCAAAAUUGGUGAAACUUGUGGUAAAUAUAAAAAAUGGUGCAUCAGAAGAUUUUAAAGAAUCAUUAAAGCAACUGAACUUACCAGGGUUGCAGCUUGAAAAUUUUGAUAGAAAUGUUAUCAAGAAUGAGAAUCUAUGCUUCAUUCUUGGCGGGGAGAUAACUGUGGAAGUUAAGGGUGAAGGGAAAGGAGGUAGAAAUCAACAGCUGGCUUUAGAAUUUUCAAAGGCAAUAUUGAAUAUUGACUCAAAGUACGAUAUUUACAUGCUCAGUGCAGGAACAGAUGGAAUAGAUGGUCCAACAGAUGCUGCUGGAGCUAUUGGAUAUAAUAAUCUAAUAAAGCAUGCAGGUGAAGCUAAAUUAAAUGUAGAUGCAUUCCUAGGGAACAAUGAUUCAUAUAAUUUCUACAAGAAUUUCAAUAAUGGGAGUCUCCAUGUAAUAACAGGACAUACCAACACAAAUGUUAUGGAUAUACAUUUGAUUAUAAUCAAAAGCAGAUGAUUAA